AUGUUUCAUGUUACUUCUUUCUUUCGCGGAACAGCUUUUCAGUGUUGCCGCCAGCUUCAGUUUGUCACUAUAUUUAUGGGACAGCAAUCGGCGCAUCAUUCAUCAAAAAUGCAACAGCAAGAAUGGACACUACCAUUAUGGCAAUAUCGAAAAGAAAAACAUGAAUGGUCUGAACGACAAUAUGACACCGGUAUUCCGAAAAAUGUCUGGAAUCAAUUUCGUGUAACGACGUACAAUAUUUGGUUUUCGGAACAAUAUCAACCAAUGCGUUUUCAAAGUCUUUGUGAUAUUUUACAUCGAUCUGAUGCUCAAAUUAUCGGUUUACAAGAAAUGACUCCGAAUAUUCUCAAACAUUUAGUAGCACAACCAUUCAUCCAAGAAAAAUACUACAUAUCCGAUCCGGACGGUCGGACAUUCUAUGGUUGGUAUGGCGUUGUUCUAUUAAUUGAUGCUCGUCUUCACAUAUCUCACUUGGAUUUGAUCAAUUUUCCACAUUCUAUAAUGGGUCGUCGUAUGGUACUUGCCGAGAUUAAAUUGGAUGAAAACGAAACACUUCGUAUUGGUACGGUGCAUUUGGAAUCUUUGAAUAAUAAACCACAGCGACUAGCUCAGUUGAACCUUUGUCAAAAAGUCUUCAAUCGAGCUCCAAGUACGUGCAUUCUCAUGGGUGAUUUCAACUUUCAUGCUGAAGGAAGUGAAAACGUCGAACAAUUUAGUGCCUUACCGGAAUGGACUGAUGUUUGGGUGAAUGUUAUGGGUCCUGACAAUCCUGGUUACACUUUUGAUACACAUAUAAAUUCAAUGACCAAAAAAAGUAAUGGAGGAUCAGAUCGAUCACGAUAUGACCGAAUUAUCUUACGAAGUCAGACGGUCGUUCCUAAACAAAUUCAAAUCUUAGGAAAUAAACCUGUUGGGCAGCAACAAAAUUUAGAUGUAUUUCCAUCGGAUCAUUUCGGUUUAACGGCCAUAUUUGAAAGAAAACAAUAA